GAGCGGAUUCCUUUGCUUAUUUUCUUUAUGUCAUUCCAAUCAAGAAAAAGAAAAACAGCUCGGAAAAGUACAACUCCUCCGCCAUAGACUGCCACGGUCACCAUUUUAACCGUCUCAACAACCACCCGUGACAUUUGUUUUUUCUCUCCCCGUGACUCCCUUUCUCCAUUUUUAGCCAUUAUCAUCAUCUCCACAUUCUCCAUUAUAAAUAUUCCCAUUUCCAUUUCCAUUUCCAUGGUGUUCCCCAGAAAACCCACUUUCCCAUUCUCCAAAUCCACUCUCCUUUUCCUCUCCAUGGCUUCCCUCUCCUUUCUCUCUUUCCUCUCUCUUUUCUUCUUCUUCUCCUCCCUCUCUCUCUCUUCCUCCUCCGCCGACCACCACCACCACCCCCACCCCCACCUCCCAUCCCAUUUCACCAACUACCCCUCCGACCAGAUCCUUCACGCUUGCAAAUCCACCCGUUUCCCCGAUCAAUGCGGAUCUUCCCUCUCUCACUCCUCUCUCCCCCCUAAUCCCUCCCCUCUCCAAAUCCUUCAAUCCGCCAUCGCUUUAUCCUCCGACGGUCUAACCACUGCCCAAUCCUUGGUUAAACAGAUCCUCGAUUCCUCUGCCACGAAUCUCAAUCGUACCACCGCCGCCAAGAAUUGCCUCGAGGUCCUACGAAAUUCCGAUUACCGAAUCUCCCUCACCAAUGACGCUCUCCACCACGGUCGAACCAAAGACGCCCGCGCCUGGCUCAGCGCGUCUCUGCUUUACCAUUACGAUUGCUGGUCAGCGCUUAAAUACGCGAACGACACUCAGUUGGUUGAUAAAACCAUGGCGUUUCUUGAUUCUUUAAUCGGUCUCUCCAGUAAUGCGCUUAGUAUGUUGGUGGCUUAUGAUAUUUACGGAAAUGAUACGGCGGCGUGGACGCCACCGAGGACAGAGCGCGAUGGGUUUUGGGAAGGCGGAGGUGGAUCUGGGUUGGGGUUUAGCGGUGGGUUUCCGGCAAAGGUGACGGCAGAUGCGACGGUGUGUAAGGAUGGUAGUGGGGGUUGUUAUGGAAGUAUUCAGAAAGCGGUGGAUGCGGCGCCGGAGAACGCGGCUGCGCGUAGGUUUGUGAUUCAUAUUAAAGAAGGCGUUUAUGAGGAAAUCGUGAGGGUUCCGUUAGAGAAGAAGAAUGUUGUGUUUUUAGGAGAUGGGAUGGGCAAAACGGUCAUCACUGGCUCUUUGAAUGUAGGCCAGCCUGGGCUUUCCACUUACAACACUGCCACCCUUGGAGUAGUUGGUGAUGGAUUCAUGGCUAGUGGUCUCACCAUUCAAAACACAGCAGGGCCUGAUGCCCAUCAAGCUGUGGCCUUUAGAUCAGACAGCGAUCUCUCUGUGAUUCAAGAUUGUGAGUUUCUAGGCAACCAAGAUACUCUCUAUGCUCAUUCCCUUCGCCAAUUCUACAAAUCUUGUAAGAUUCAAGGCAAUGUAGAUUUCAUCUUUGGAAACUCAGCCUCCAUCUUCCAAGAUUGCGAGAUCCUAGUCCGCCCUCGACAACUCAAGCCCGAGAAAGGCGAAAACAACGCCGUAACUGCACAUGGGAGGACCGACCCUGCUCAAUCCACUGGUUUUGUAUUCCAAAACUGCCUCAUAAAUGGAACUCAAGAGUAUAUGUCAUUGUACUACAGCAAGCCUCAAGUACAUAAGAACUUCUUGGGGAGGCCGUGGAAGGAGUACUCGAGGACGGUUUUUAUACACUGUAAUCUGGAGGCUCUUGUGUCCCCGUCGGGGUGGAUGCCGUGGAGUGGAGAUUUUGCUUUGAAGACUCUGUUCUACGGAGAGUUUGAGAACUCGGGUGCGGGGUCGAAGACGUCGGAGAGAGUGGGUUGGAGUAGUCAGAUUCCGGCACAACAUGUUUUUAGUUACUCUGUUGAGAAUUUCAUUCAGGGAGAUGAAUGGAUUCCUUCAUCUGAAUCAUCUGAUGAACAAAAAAUGUUGAACAAGAGAAGUAAAGAUGUAAAAUUAGAUUAGAUUUACAAAUCCUUUUGUAAUUACAAAUUUCUCUACAUGAAAGAAGUAUAAAAUUAUCAGUCUACAAAAAAGCCUACCAAAUAAUCCACUUCUCAUUUCUUUCUUA